AGGGUGGAUUCGGAGGAUCGUUUUGCUACUUGGUAAGUGUACCUGUCGAGAGCCGGCAAUCGCCCUUCCGAAUGAGCAGGGAAAGCCUGUGAACACCUAUAGCAAUCGCCGGAAUCGAUCUCCUCUCAUCGCGGGAAGAAAGUAUCGUUCUGGUCCUUCUGGGUAUCGAUGAGUGACACUUCAGCAUCCGAAAGAAGCUCCAACGCGUCCGCUCCUCAUACGCGACAAGGCUGCGACUGUCGCACCAUCCAGCCAUCUCAACAUGCGAUCAGCAAGAUUGUCGAAAGCGGAGGGGUUCCAAUCUUGGGCAUUUCGACAGGAGAUACGGACAAGCUUGAUCUCUACGAGAAAAAGUACGAUGGUAAAACCGCGUACAUCGCCUUCAUGCCUACCGAUCAGCGCGCGAUCUGUUCUCCAGACUACAACACAAUCACGACUUGCCAGCUGAUGGCCAUAGCGAUGACACUUGGCAAAAUUUAUGUGCACGAGAUUCGAGCUGAGCUGUGCUUUUGGCUGGCUGGCCUUUGUGUGCCUGCAGGACAAUUGAGAUCCGAACCCAACAUGGCUGAAAUCCAGCGCAAUGCCUACCGAGUGCUGCAUAUAGGGUGAUUGGACUUAGAGCUUGGGAAAGGAAACAAGAGACGGGAAGCGAGCGGCGGCAGCGGCCAUCUGCGCAAAGCAAGGUGGAAGACCAGAGGCACUAGAGCAACACAGCCUCAGUACUUCGCGGGCGCGAGGCAAUGAAGACACACACGUUUGGGUCCUGCUAGGAGUCCAGGCAGCGGUUAGAGGCCACUUUGAG